AUGGAGCUGGAGCACCUGAGCAGUGGGGGCCUCCAUACCUACCAUGGUCCCCGGGGCGGGCCAGCGGCCAAGCCCAACGUGAUCCUGCAGAUCGGGAAGUGCCGGGCAGAAAUGUUGGAGCACGUAAGGAAAACUCACCGGCACCUGCUCACUGAGGUGUCCAAGCAGGUGGAGAGGGAGUUGAAAGGCUUGCACAGGUCAGUGGGGAAGCUGGAGAAUAAUUUGGAUGGCUAUGUCCCUACCGGUGACUCGCAGCGAUGGAAGAAGUCCAUCAAGGCCUGCCUGUCCCGGUGCCAGGAGACCAUUGCCCACCUGGAGCGAUGGGUGAAGAGGGAGAUGAAUGUGUGGCGGGAGGUUUUCUACCGGCUGGAGAAGUGGGCCGACCGGCUGGAAUCCAUGGGAGGCAAGUACCCAGUGAGUGGAGAGCCCACUCGCCAGACGGUCUCUGUUGGUGUGGGGGGCCCCGAAAGCUACUGCCAGGAAACUGAUCCCUAUGACUACACAGUGAGUCCCUAUGCCAUAACCCCGCCUACACCAGCAGGAGUAACUGCGGGAGGAGAGGCCAUAAGCCAUGAGCCCUCGGACAUCCAGCAGUAUCCACCCUGGAGCUCAACCACUGAGGAUGGGACCCUGAGUCCUGGUGUAGACACUCAGAUUUUUGAGGAUCCCCGGGAGUUCCUCAGCCAUCUAGAAGAAUAUUUGAAACAGGUCGGAGGGACUGAAGAGUACUGGCUGUCCCAGAUCCAGAACCACAUGAAUGGCCCAGCCAAGAAGUGGUGGGAAUACAAACAGGGAUCUGUGAAGAACUGGGUGGAAUUCAAGAAGGAAUUCUUGCAGUACAGCGAGGGGACUCUCACCCGGGAUGCUAUUAAGAGGGAGCUGGACCUGCCCCAGAAACAAGGAGAGCCUCUGGACCAAUUCCUCUGGCGUAAGAGAGACCUUUACCAGACCCUCUAUGUGGAUGCUGAUGAGGAAGAGAUCAUCCAGUAUGUGGUGGGCACCCUUCAGCCCAAACUCAAACAUUUCCUCCGACACCCACUGCCCAAGACCCUUGAGCAGCUGAUCCAGAGAGGCCAGGAGGUCCAAGAAGGACUGGAGCAGGGGGAGGACCCCAUCGAACAGCAAACCCAGUCGGAGGACAAUGAUGAAUCACUCACCCCAGCUAUCGAAUCCCUUGCCAGUGAUGGGACCCAGCCCGAGUAG